AUGGCCGGCGACGACUGGCGCUGCCGGAAGCAUCCGUCCAUGCCGUGCGGCGGCGUGUGCCCGCACUGCCUCCGCGACCGCCUCAUCCGGCUCUGCCCCGACUGCGCGCGAACCCGGCCCUGCCCCUGCGCCUGCGCGGCGUCGACCUCCCCGUCCUCCUCUGCCUCGUCCGCCUCCGGCGGCGGCGGCGCGGCCGUCGGCCGCGUGUGCAGCCUCAUCGAGCGGGAGCGCCGGAUCGGGCGCUCGCGGUCCGUGGCCGCCGCGUCCGGGGGCAUCGGCGUGGGCGACGAGAAGCGCAGGUCCAGGGUCUGGGGCUGGGCAUCGUUCCGGAAGCCGGCGGCGGGUGGCAGAGGCCUGGAGGUGGAUGACGAGGCGGAGCAGGAUCGCGACGAGGACGCGGCGGCGGCGGCAUUGGCGCGGUCGAGCUCUGUCUCCGCGACGAAGCCGGCGCCCAAGGCGGGAGGGUGGGGCCGGUUCCUGCCCGGCCCGAUCAAGGCGCUGCGGCACCGCAAGUCGCGCGCCGGUGCAGGGGCUGGAGGCGAUCACCGGGAGGGCGUGUGGUGA